UAAAAAAACUUUUUUAUAAAUUAUUUAUAACAUUUUAUACAAGUGGUUAAAAAGUGUUUUAUAUAAAAUUCUUUCAAGGCUAAGCUUCAGUUUUUUGUACGAAAAAAAGUAUUUUUUUUUUCUCAACGAAUACGAUUAAAAUGAGAACUGCUACAAAUGAGAAAAUUGAUCCAUUGGUUCGUAUACAGGAGGAAAUAAAAGAAGUUGAACGGCGCGAACAAGAGUAUCGCCAACUUAUAUCGUCGACUAGCAGUGUGACGGUGAAUGAUCUUGAAACCGAAGCUGGCAAUAAUAACACGUUGGAGCGAGGCGACGACGACGAUCGAAAUGAUAGCAGUUUGACUUCUUUAAGUCCGAUUCCACUUACGGCCGCUUCGUUCGUUGUUAGCGAAGACGGUAAUUGCAGUAUACCAUCGUUGGCUCUAAGCGUCAACAGUACUAAGGAUGACGGUCAUCAUUCUGACGAUUCGGGUAUAUCAGCUUCUUCUGUUAGUCCUAUUCAUGGCGUUUCAGCUAACAUAAAAAAAUUGAACGAAGCAGCUUUAAAAGUAAAUGUUAAUUUGCAAAAUGCUUUAGUUAAUAGAGAGCAUCGUUACAUAGGACCUAAUUGUUAUGCGCUGACGCCAGAACCGCCGCAGCAGAAGCUUAUAACGCGCACGGUAUCCACACCUCAUUUGGAUGUUAUAAAAAAAUCUCGUCAAUUUGCCCCGAGUCCGGCUCAUAAAGGGGUUAUGCAACGCUUUAUAGCUUCGCGCGGUAAACUUCAAAUAUGCUCCAAUAAGAGUAACGUAUUAGCGUCCAAGCAGAUUUAUUUGAACGGGAAGAAUGCUGCAGCUAUCUUAGGUCUUAGCUCGUCGCCUUCUUCUAUGACACCACCCAAUACGCCGGCUUCGCCACCGGUCAUUAGUAAUGGUAAACUACCAGAUUUUUCUAUACGGUCAUCAACCUUAAUACCUUCAAGUACUUUAACACCGCCGGUGGUUGAGCGAGAUUCGGAAGGGCGGCCCAUUCGUCCGGGCUAUGUACCGGUGGAGCUGAAAAUACAACGUGAACUGCAGGAUUUAAAAACCCGUGAAAGCGAAUUAAAGAAAAUACGUAAAAUACGACAAUCUACAUCUGAUCUAUUAGAUUCAAUUGAUAACGAAAAUGUGGAGACUGACGACGACGAUGAUGAUUCUGAAGUAGAGCAUUGCUAUGGCCCAGGCAAAUUAAGGGCGGCCAAAUCGAUAGGCGACAUGUGUGAUUCAUCACCUAGCGCUUCACCUCUACCCGAUUACGAUAAACAGCGUGGCAUGCGCCCUGCCAUGUCUUUGGCUCAAUUGUGCGAUUUGAAUCCAGAGGAAGCACCUUCUUCGCGUGGCUUAAUAGCUCAGUGGGAGAGCCUUAUCCAACAAAAUGCCUAAAGUUUUACACAUCCAAAAAAAGGGAAAAAUAAGGAAAGCAAGGAGAGAAAACGGAAGUGACCAGUUUUGCUUAAAACACUUUUCUCAAAAAGAUCUGGUAUCUUCGGUCAAGUGUUUAGUAUUAUUUUAUGAAUUUUUUUAACUAACUUUUGUUAAAACUGGUUAAUCAAUUUAAUUAAAAAAAAA